UAGCUCCUCGACUAGAAGAGAAGACCCUUUGGUUCUUCUCCCUUUUAGUUCUAGAUCUACACUCUUUCCCUCUUUUGAUUUCAUUUCUCAGAUUUACCUCCACUGAUCGGAGUUUCGAAUAUCGAGAACGCUAAUCUAAGCCGCAGCCAUGGCUGCUGCCAACGCUCCCCUCUCCAUGAAAGAAACCUUGACGUUGCCGAGCAUCGGCAUAAAUCCGCAGUUCAUAAGCUUCACUCAUGUGACUAUGGAGUCGGAUAAGUAUAUUUGCGUUAGGGAAACGGCGCCGCAAAACAGCGUCGUUAUAAUCGACAUGAGCAUGCCUAUGCAGCCUCUCAGGCGUCCGAUCACUGCCGAUUCCGCUCUGAUGAAUCCGAACACUAGAAUUCUCGCUUUGAAAGCUCAACUUCCGGGAACAACUCAGGAUCAUUUACAGAUAUUUAACAUUGAAAUGAAAGCGAAAGUGAAAUCAUAUCAGAUGCCUGAGCAGGUUGUGUUUUGGAAGUGGAUUUCUCCACAGAAGCUUGCCCUGGUCACACAAACUGCAGCAUAUCAUUGGUCAAUCGAAGGUGAAUCUGAGCCUGUGAAGAUGUUUGAGCGAACUGCUAAUCUUGCAAAUAAUCAAAUCAUUAACUAUAAAUGUGAUUCCAAUGAGAAGUGGUUAGUCUUGAUUGGAAUUGCCCCUGGUUCAUCUGAGAGGCCACAAUUGGUCAAAGGUAAUAUGCAGCUUUUCUCUGUGGAUCAGCAGCGUAGUCAAGCUCUUGAAGCACAUGCUGCAUCAUUUGCCACAUUUAAAGUACCUGGAAAUGAAAAUCCUUCAACUCUUAUUUCUUUUGCCACAAAGACAUUCAAUGCUGGACAAAUAACGUCUAAGUUACAUGUCAUUGAACUCGGUGCUCAGCCAGGCAAACCUUCAUUCACAAAGAAACAAGCAGAUUUAUUCUUUCCUCCAGAUUUUGCUGAUGACUUUCCUGUGUCAAUGCAGAUAUCUCAGAAGUACGGUCUAAUAUAUGUGAUCACAAAGCAAGGACUUCUUUUUGUAUAUGACCUGGAGACAGCUACUGCAGUUUACAGAAAUCGGAUCAGUCCAGAUCCUAUAUUCCUGACAACAGAGGCUUCAUCCAUUGGUGGCUUUUAUGCUAUAAACAGACGAGGCCAGGUUCUGCUUGCCACUGUAAAUGAAGCUACAAUUAUACCAUUUAUUAGUGGUCAGUUGAACAAUCUUGAACUUGCCGUAAAUCUUGCCAAAAGGGGGAAUCUUCCUGGUGCUGAAAAUCUGGUGGUGCAGCGGUUCCAGGAAUUGUUUUCACAGACAAAGUACAAAGAGGCUGCCGAACUUGCUGCUGAAUCACCUCAGGGAAUUCUCCGUACUCCAGACACUGUUGCCAAAUUCCAGAGUGUUCCUGUUCAAGCUGGACAAACUCCUCCAUUAUUGCAGUAUUUUGGAACCUUGUUGACUAGAGGAAAACUCAAUGCUUUUGAGUCAUUGGAAUUAUCACGCCUUGUUGUAAACCAGAAUAAAAAGAAUCUUCUAGAGAAUUGGUUGGCAGAGGACAAGCUUGAGUGCAGUGAGGAGCUUGGAGAUCUUGUUAAGACAGUAGAUAAUGAUCUUGCACUGAAAAUAUACAUCAAAGCAAGAGCAACUCCUAAAGUUGUUGCCGCUUUUGCUGAGAGGAAGGAAUUUGACAAGAUUCUAAUUUACUCAAAGCAGGUUGGAUACACUCCUGAUUAUUUAUUCCUUCUGCAAACAAUUUUGAGGACAGAUCCACAGGGUGCUGUUAAUUUUGCUUUGAUGAUGUCUCAAAUGGAGGGUGGUUGCCCAGUUGAUUAUAACACAAUAACAGAUCUAUUUCUUCAGAGGAACUUGAUUCGUGAGGCAACUGCGUUUUUGUUGGAUGUGCUAAAGCCAAAUGUACCGGAACAUGGGUACCUUCAAACGAAGGUUUUGGAAAUCAAUCUAGUGACCUUUCCAAAUGUUGCUGAUGCAAUAUUAGCAAAUGGUAUGUUUAGUCAUUAUGAUCGUCCACGUAUUGGCCAACUCUGUGAAAAAGCUGGUCUGUACAUACGAGCUCUUCAGCAUUAUACGGAGUUGCCGGAUAUCAAACGUGUCAUUGUGAAUACACAUGCCAUCGAGCCCCAGUCCCUUGUUGAGUUCUUUGGAACCCUUUCCAGAGAAUGGGCUCUUGAGUGUAUGAAAGAUCUUCUAAUGGUCAAUCUUAGGGCAAAUCUUCAGAUUAUUGUACAGACUGCAAAGGAAUACUGUGAGCAGCUUGGUGUUGAUGCAUGUAUAAAACUCUUUGAGCAGUUCAAGUCCUAUGAAGGAUUAUACUUUUUCUUGGGUUCAUACUUGAGCUCCAGUGAGGAUCCGGAUAUCCACUUCAAAUACAUUGAAGCAGCAGCAAAAACUGGACAAAUAAAGGAAGUAGAACGUGUGACUCGUGAAUCAAACUUUUACGAUGCUGAAAAGACCAAGAAUUUUCUGAUGGAAGCUAAGCUUCCAGAUGCACGUCCCUUGAUUAAUGUUUGUGAUCGUUUUGGUUUUGUUCCGGAUCUCACUCAUUAUCUAUAUACAAACAACAUGCUCCGAUAUAUUGAGGGUUAUGUUCAAAAGGUAAAUCCAGGGAAUGCUCCAUUAGUUGUUGGGCAGCUGUUAGAUGAUGAAUGCCCUGAGGAUUUCAUCAAGGGUCUUAUUCUUUCAGUUCGUUCUCUUCUUCCAGUUGAGCCCCUUGUGGAUGAAUGUGAGAAGAGGAAUCGUCUCCGGUUGCUGACUCAGUUUUUAGAGCAUCUAGUGAGUGAGGGCAGUCAAGAUGUGCAUGUUCAUAAUGCUUUGGGUAAAAUUAUCAUAGAGAGCAAUAACAACCCAGAGCAUUUUCUCACUACCAACCCGUAUUAUGAUUCACGUGUCGUGGGUAAAUACUGUGAAAAACGAGAUCCAACACUUGCUGUUGUUGCUUACCAUAGAGGACAGUGUGAUGAUGAACUGGUCAAUGUCACAAACAAGAAUUCCUUAUUCAAGUUGCAAGCUAGAUAUGUGGUGGAGAGGAUGGAUGCAGAUCUUUGGGAGAAAGUUCUUAAUCCUGAUAAUGAGUAUAGAAGACAGCUUAUUGAUCAGGUUGUGUCAACUGCUUUGCCUGAAAGCAAGAGUCCGGAGCAAGUCUCAGCAGCUGUUAAAGCAUUUAUGACUGCUGAUCUCCCACAUGAACUGAUUGAGCUUCUUGAGAAGAUAGUGCUGCAAAAUUCUGCCUUCAGUGGAAACUUCAAUUUGCAAAAUCUGCUGAUUUUGACAGCUAUCAAAGCGGAUCCAUCAAGAGUUAUGGAUUACAUUAAUAGAUUGGACAACUUUGAUGGACCUGCAGUUGGAGAGGUAGCUGUGGAAGCCCAAUUGUAUGAAGAAGCAUUUGCCAUUUUCAAGAAGUUUAAUUUGAAUGUUCAGGCUGUAAAUGUGUUGUUGGAUAACCUUAAUAGUAUCGAUCGAGCUGUGGAGUUUGCAUUCCGUGUUGAAGAAGAUGCUGUCUGGAGUCAAGUGGCUAAGGCACAACUUCGUGUAGGGGAUGUGAGUGAAGCUAUUGAGUCAUUUAUUCGUGCUGAUGACGCUACUCAGUUCUUGGAUGUCAUAAAGGCUUCUGAGGAUGCAAAUGUAUACCAAGACCUGGUGAGGUACCUACUAAUGGUUCGGCAGAAAACCAAGGAACCCAAAGUGGACAGUGAACUUAUCUAUGCUUAUGCCAAGAUUGGUGGGCUGGGUGAGAUAGAAGAGUUCAUUCUUAUGCCAAAUGUUGCUAAUCUGCAAAAUGUGGGAGACCGCUUGUAUGAUGAAGCCCUUUAUGAGGCAGCGAAAAUCAUAUUUGCAUUUAUUUCUAACUGGGCUAAGCUGGCCAUCACACUUGUUAAGCUACAACAGUUCCAAGGUGCUGUCGACGCUGCUCGGAAAGCCAACAGUUCAAAAACAUGGAAGGAGGUUUGCUUCGCUUGUGUUGAUGCUGAAGAGUUCCGCUUGGCUCAGAUAUGUGGCCUCAAUAUCAUCAUACAGGUUGAUGACCUAGAGGAGGUUAGUGAGUACUAUCAGAACCGGGGAUGCUUCAGUGAGCUCAUAUCUCUAAUGGAGAGUGGAUUAGGUUUGGAACGUGCACAUAUGGGCAUCUUUACUGAAUUGGGAGUUCUGUAUGCAAGAUACCGUCCAGAGAAGCUUAUGGAGCACAUAAAACUUUUCUCAACUCGUCUAAACAUUCCAAAGCUUAUUCGAGCUUGUGAUGAACAGCAGCACUGGAAGGAACUAACUUAUCUAUAUGUUCAGUAUGAUGAGUUUGACAAUGCAGCUACCACCAUAAUGAACCACUCUCCAGAAGCAUGGGAUCACAUGCAAUUUAAAGAUAUUGUAGUCAAAGUUGCAAAUGUUGAACUCUAUUACAAGGCUGUGCAUUUUUACUUGGAAGAACAUUCUGAUCUUAUCAAUGAUGUUCUUAACGUGCUUGCCCUCCGUGUUGACCAUGCACGUGUUGUGGAUAUAAUGAGGAAGGCUGGUCACUUGCGUCUUGUUAAGCCAUACAUGGUUGCCGUUCAGAGCAACAAUGUGGCUGCUGUUAAUGAAGCUCUGAAUGAGAUUUAUGUAGAGGAGGAGGACUAUGACAGGCUUCGUGAAUCUAUAGAUCUCCAUGAUAACUUUGAUCAGAUAGGCCUUGCACAGAAGAUUGAGAAGCAUGAACUACUUGAGAUGAGGCGUGUUGCCGCUUAUAUAUAUAAGAAGGCAGGGAGAUGGAAGCAGUCUAUUGCCUUGUCAAAGAAGGACAAUCAUUACAGAGAUGCCAUGGAAACAUGUUCACAGUCUGGUGAUCGGGAACUUGCAGAGGAAUUACUCGUCUAUUUUAUUGAGCAGCGAAAGAAAGAGUGUUUUGCUGCAUGCCUCUUCGUUUGUUAUGAUGUAAUCAGGCCAGAUGUUGCUCUUGAGCUUGCCUGGAUAAAUAAUAUGAUUGAUUUUGCCUUCCCAUAUCUCUUGCAGUUUAUACGGGAGUACACAGGCAAAGUGGAUGAACUCGUGAAGGAUAAAAUCAAAGCUAUGAAUCUGCUGAAGGCCAAGGAGGAGGAGGAGAAAGACGUGGUUGCUCAGCAGAAUAUGUAUGCUCAGUUGCUGCCUCUUGCUUUACCUGCACCUCCAAUGCCUGGAAUGGGUGGAAGUUUUGCUCCACCACCACCACCACCUCCAAUGAGUGGGAUGGGGAUGCCUCCAAUGGCACCCUAUGGCAUGCCACCAAUGGGUUCCUAUUGAUCUCUGAUUAAACAAGGAUAGGUAAGCAAGAAAUAUGUUGACUUCUACAAGGAUGAAUCGAAUCUCUAAUUGCCCAUGAUAUCAUGUUUACGUUUGAAGGUGAAUUUGAUCUUUUUCAUGGUUGUGAAAUAUUGAGGUAGUAGCCUUGCUUUCUUUGGUAAUGCAUCUGCUAUUGGGUUGUGGUUAUUUGUGCCCAACAGAUGCAGCUUUACCCUGUAGUCGAGGACGUUAGCAACUAGGGUUUUGACAAAAUUUUAUGCAGCUUAGUGAUGACUGAACGAAUUUCGUGCAAACCUUGCCAAGUCUGCCAUAUGUAUAGGUUAUUCUAGCUCAGUCAUAUACAUUUUUCUGUUCUCUUAAGUGCUCGGACAUGUAGUUGCUUCGUUUUAGGAAUCCAAAAUUUUGUACUUGCUAAUCUUUCCUCCCCCAGUGUAUAACAGAGUAUUCUUUAUAGUUUAAAUUUCACAAUCUCUCUCUCUCUC